CAACAACAGACUGCUGACACUCUGACAAACCAUGCUAGCGGGAAGCACUGGAGAGAGGGGAGACGUCAGCGGUGUUGAACUAUCCGCAUACACCCGCCCCACUCCACCCCAAGGCACUGGACUCCACCGCUACCAGUUCCUUGUAUUUGAGCAGCCUGAAGGCCAGAGCUUGUCCCUCAGCCCACAGGAGAAGAGCUCACUGGGUAACUGGGAUCCGCAGGCAUUUGUUGAAAAGUUUGGUCUGGCUAGACCAGUGGCUUCACUCCAGUUCCUCACCCAAAACCACAAGGACUAGAGGACACCUCCAUCUCAACUUUGACCUCUGGCUUUCACACACUCUAUGGCUUGUUUUUGUCCCA